AUGAGUCGCCAAGGACCUUUCGUCGGCUCGACCAUUCUCUUCGUCGGUCUGAUUCCCUUUGACUGGGAUGAAUCCAUGCUAAAACUGGUAGUCGCUGGCUCUGGAAAUAUCGUAGAUGUUCGAUUGGGAUUCGAUUUUGCAGGUAAAAACAAAGGAUACGGGUUUGUGGAGUACCAGAAUGCACAGGAGGCACAAAAAGGAUUGAGCUUAUUGAGUCAAAUCAUGAUAUAUCAACCAAAUGGUCAACCCAAACGCCUACGAGUCGAGUUGUCGAAGGAAGGUUUGCGUAGUGGAAAUAACCAAGAGAAAGCUUUGCUACCAUUGGACCGAUCGCGUCUCCCUAAUAAUGUCCAGCUUCCCCCCGAUAUGCUUUUCAAUGCCAAUAAUACGCCGCCUCCAACUUCGCAACAGAAUUCAUUACCACCACUGCUCCCACAAGCACCCUCUGCAUCGUUCGCUGGAAGUCCCAUGCCUCCUCAUUUACUCUCUGCCAACAGUACGCUUCCUCCUUUUCCCAACGGAGUUCUGCCGUUCGAAAUCCCCGAUAAAAUUAAUGAUACUUUGAGCAAGAUACCGCCCGCUCAACUCAUCGAAUUGAUAUCAAACCUCAAAAACAUUUUGACGGGACCAAAUGCAGCUCGUGCAGCUGAUGUGUUCCAAUUGUCUCCGCACCUUGCAUCGUCGGCCGCCCAGGCACUUUUGUUGAUGGGUUUCAUCGACUCUGACGUCAUUGCCGAGUCAAUGAAAAGUACUCAAGUCAAGCUGGAACCUGGGGUCAACUUCUCAAAACCGCCUCAGGCUCCCGUCCAAAAUUCCCGCUGGCCCCAUUUGCCUCCACAGACAGUGCAAAAGUUGACAACUAUGGCGCCAGAUCAGGCCGACCUCAUAGCACAGGUAUUGUCGAUUCCCCAGGACCAAAUUAAUGCUCUUCCUCCAGACAAACAAACCAUGGUUCUCACGUUGCGGUCUCAGUACUUGUAG